AUGUUGGAUGAAGCUAUGACCAAGUACGGCUCAAAAGAUUGGGUCCUGACCGAGCUGCCUCGUCCAACAUACACCAACAACGUGGACGGCAACCUGGAGUUGCAGGAUCUCCUGACAUAUUCCUGCAGGACAGACUUAGCAUCCAAGACGUGUGCCAUGAUCUUGGACGUCCACGUCGGCAUGACCGAGAUUGGCAACCUCGCAACCAUUUCUGAAAAGAUCGUCCAGCACGACUACAGCUUGCUUCCACCGCAACUACGCCCUUCCGACUCCAUGCCCCGUGACGCCGCCGUGUCCUACAUCAUGCACAACCUCGAGGACGGCGCAAUGAAUGUAGUCCGUGUCUUCAAGUUUGCGAGCAAGACCUCUGUGAAAUAUGCGGCAUGGUCUGUGGAGGAUGAGGAACUCAUGGCAGGGGUAGACUACAUCAACAAGAACGCGCCAGAGGACGACUCGGAGAACCAGCAGUACGUUUGGAUUUUGCGGAACAUCCACUCGCACAGCGGGUCCCCCAUCAGCAACUGGCCGGAAUCUAAGGUCCUUCGCAUGGCGCAAAACAAGAGCAGAGGCACUGCCGGGGCUACUUCCUUGAGCUUCUUUCCGAUGACCGUGCGAAGCGUGAAGCCCUGGAUGAGCACCUUCCUUCUACCACUCGUCAUGCCACUCCUGACCUCCUAUGGAAUGAUCACGCUUGGCUGGCCCGGGGUGGGGAAAACUCCAUUCCUUAUCUUGUUGUGCCUCGCAAUUGGUAGGUAUCACAUCACUCGUCUCGGUCUUGAAGGUGUUCGUCCAGCUUGGCGGCGAGCGAAAGCGAUCGACAACUUUCGCCACAAAACUGGACAGGUUCACGAAGGCCUCAUACUAGACGAUCCAUCGGUGGAGAAACUCGAUGAGGACCAAAAUUGUUCGGGGCGCUACAAUGACGUCAAGCUCGUCCGGAAUGGAAUGCGAGCGUUGUCCUCAAACAAUCUCAAAGAGGAGGAUGAACCCUUGAGCGAGCGAUGGCAAACAUCCAUCACGUGGGACGAGUUUUACAAGCUCGUGCAGAAGUUCUUUUGCUCCUACCCAGACCUCGAUGUUCUCGCCAUUCUUAAAAGGACCGUCGUCCUCGUCUUCGGCAAGCGUGCGUUGUACCUCCGCCUACCCAGUGGAGAGAAAGACGCUCCCAUCCACUUGAUUCGGAUUGAUUUGCAUGGGGAUCUUUUCUCAGAUAGAGACAAGCCUUACUACGCCAAGUACAAGCAAGGCAUCCACGAAUUACCCCCGACCUUUGCUGAUGAUGUGGAGGUGGAACAAGAGAUGCUACACAGGGGAAUGGAGUCGCUUCAGGCGGCCGGCCUCCCGGAAGUUUACAUCUCGGAUGUCAACUCAACCAUUGCGUCCAAGCUUAGCCCGUCAUCGCGCCCAGUACAUCUACCGUCGUCUCCAUCAACCGAUGAAGAAGCGCGCGUACCAGUCCCCGACCCAGAAGCGUUACCAGUUCGCUGCACGAAGCCACCAGGUCGACUUGGGCAAUUCAACCUACCUUCCACGAAGCGUCGCCUGACAAGCAAGACAUCUGUCGCAGUCCCCGUAGAGGAGUUCCACGCUGCAGGCCCCGAGGUGAAGUCCAUGCCGUCUUCGUCUUCCCGUCAAAAGGUUCUGCCGGACCAAGAAGAGACGCAGCUACUGGAUCCAGAAGAGGAGGAGUGGCAGACGGAGAUUUCCGAGAAGUGGUUUGCUUCCGACACAGCCUUCCAAAAGUUCGUGCUACAUCGGCCAGUACUCGACCCACAUGGAGACUGCGUCUCUCUCACCGUCCGUGCAAUCGCUAUCUUCAUGAGAUUUGGAAUUGCCUUCCAGAUCAAGAAGUGCACCCGAUGUGGAAAGGAAGCUUCCUUCGAAGAACGGACUUCGCGCGGGUGGACCACGUAUGGCUACACUUGCAAGCGUGUGGGCCACAAGCACAUGGAGCUCAAUCUCAACAAGUUCGGGUUCCUGACCAAAGUCCCUGUCAACUCAUGGAUGCCUUUCCUACAUUUCAUGAACCUUCUUCGGCUUGGUCGCAGCUACAAAGCGAUCAUUCAAGAGCUGCAGGCUGGGUACGGUAACAUCUGCGUGGCUACCUUGAGGCGAUGGAGGGCCAUUUAUCAAGAGGCUCUUGGAGGAGCUCUACAUGAGAUGGGGGCUUUGAAAGUUGGAGGGCGAAAUGAGGUCGUGGUGUUAGACGAGUGCAUCGUCGGGAUACAUCCAGAAGACGGCUGGGCAUUGGGGUCAAAAGGAAUCAACAAAGCAGGCGCGGAGCAAAACCGCAAAUCAGAACGAAAGGAUGUCAACAAGCUCGUCCACCAUGGUGCUAUGAAAAGACUUCCAGCUCGAACUCUCCUACCUGGUGAGAAAGCAGUGUCCUCCUCGUCUAUCCUCAUCAAGAAGAAGCCCGCUUCAGUCUCCAGGGUGCAGAAGAAACCUUCGUCUGUUCUCAAGAAACCUGCCAAGGCGCAUCCCGCCAAGAUUGCCAAGAAACCCUCUGCUAACUUGAAGAAGAACGGCAAGUGGCUUUGGGUUGCUGUCGUGGUCGGCAAGGGGAAGGCAGUCUUCACGCACGCAAACAGGAAAAAACGAGUCACAUACCGUCUUCUUCCCCGCAGCUCUCAAGCAAGCCAAGGAAAACCUCGUGGAUUUCAGGAAAUGAGUGCAACUGUACAGUCUAGGGUGGUAAAGGGCAGCUAUCUCGUUUUUGAUGGGUGGGCUGCAACUAACAAGGCCGUGAACGCUUUGGGGUACAAAUGUGCUCCCCCUGUAAACCAUGAGAAAUGGUUCCGGGAUCGUGUGACAGGGUUCCACACCAAUGAUGCUGAAAGCGAGAACAGCAGGCUAAAGGCAUGGUCUCGUGCCAGGUAUGGCAAGCUCCAUAUUGAUGCUCAUGAGAUGGAUGAGUACGUGUUCUACAUUAAUGUGGGGGACAAUAUGCUUGAUGUUUUUCGCGGUCUCGCCAUGUCGAAUGGCGGCCCUUGUGCGAACAAUCUCAUGAGCAUAAAUGUCUAG